CGAUGGCGUCGUCCCAAGGCGUUUACGCAAGGCCUCCUUCUUUCCUUCCCAUCCAACCCCUUAAUUCCGACCUCCAGAAACCAAGUCAACCCUGAAAUCUUCAUAUUAUUCUUCCUACCCCAUCCAUUCGCUUCAUCACUCAUCACUCGCUUCUACUGGGCCUGCUGCCAACGAACACCCGAUUUGCGUUUCAGCCGGUACUGUCUCUUAGACGAUCUGUGAUUCCCUGGGGGUUUUCGCGUGAGGUUGUCUGGAACGAACACGACAACCCACCAUAUUCUCCUCACUGCCUUCUCUGAUCAUCAACACUGACGGCGAGAAGAGGCAAUCAGCAUCGAGCCCAUUUUUCGAAGCCUGACUGCCUUCUUUUUCUUGGCCGUACCUAGCAUUGACGCGAACCAUCUUUGGAGCUACUUCCUCUUCCUCUUGAACAGAAGCAAUCAUGGCAUACCGCGGCCCAGGCGGUGGCCGCGAAUUUGAGGACCACAACCUGCAGGAUCUGCCUCCCGGAAAUGGAAGCAGAUAUCAUCUACCUCCCCAAGAAGAUGGCGUCGACGAGGCUGGCCAAUCUCUCCUGCGAGAUCCCCACGGCCGGGCUCCCUCUCCAUUUGAUAAUCACCUCGGACCCCAAGCCGCAUCCCCUUUCGAUAACCACCUCGGAGCCCAAGAACCCCCAGCUCGCCCAGUUUCUGCCUAUAGUCUAACCGAAUCAUACGCCCCCGGCGCAGGUGCGCGGACCCCUGUCCCGCCUGACUCCUUCGGUAUGUCCACGGGGUAUCGCCAGGAGCUUGGCUCCGACAACGGAGGAUUCGGAUACGGCCGACCGGCAUCUACGGUAGAUUCGGACGAGAGCUGGGUCCGCCGCCAACAACCUGGCGCCCAAACGGGCGGGCUCAAGCGCUACGCCACCAGAAAGAUCAAGCUCAACCAGGGCUCCGUUCUCAGCAUCGACUACCCUGUGCCCAGCGCCAUCAAGAACGCCGUUCAGCCCAAAUACCGCGACGUCGAGGGCGGCAGCGAAGAAUUCAUGAAGAUGCGGUACACCGCCGCAACCUGCGACCCGAACGACUUCACGCUGAAGAAUGGUUACGAUUUGCGCCCUCGCAUGUAUAAUCGACAUACCGAGAUGCUCAUCGCCAUUACGUACUACAACGAAGAUAAGGUCCUGGUUUCCAGAACGCUGCACGGUGUUAUGCAGAACAUCCGGGACAUUGUCAACCUGAAAAAGUCGACAUUCUGGAACAAGGGCGGCCCAGCCUGGCAGAAGAUCGUCGUAUGCCUCGUCUUCGACGGCAUCGAGAAGGCCGACAAGAACGUCCUGGACAUCUUGGCCACCGUCGGCAUCUACCAAGACGGAGUCGUCAAGAAGGACGUCGACGGCAAGGAAACGGUGGCACACAUCUUCGAGUACACCAGUCAGCUGUCGGUCACCCCCAGCCAGCAGCUCGUCCGGCCCGUUGACGACGGCCCAUCCACUCUCCCGCCCGUUCAGUUCAUUUUCUGCCUCAAGCAGAAGAACAGCAAGAAGAUCAAUUCUCACCGCUGGCUCUUCAACGCCUUCGGCCGCAUUCUGAAUCCGGAGAUUUGCAUCUUGCUCGAUGCUGGCACGAAGCCGAGCCCCCGUUCUCUGCUCGCGCUUUGGGAGGGCUUCUAUAACGAUAAGGACCUUGGUGGUGCCUGCGGUGAGAUUCACGCCAUGUUGGGCAAAGGCGGCAAGAAACUGCUCAAUCCGCUAGUCGCGGUGCAGAACUUCGAGUACAAGAUCUCCAAUAUCCUGGAUAAGCCUCUCGAGAGCUCGUUUGGCUACGUCACCGUGCUGCCGGGUGCUUUCUCGGCCUACCGAUUCCGAGCGAUCAUGGGUCGGCCCCUGGAGCAGUACUUCCACGGCGACCACACGCUCUCGAAGAUCCUGGGCAAGAAGGGUAUUGACGGUAUGAAUAUCUUUAAGAAGAACAUGUUCUUGGCCGAAGACCGAAUUCUCUGCUUCGAGCUCGUGGCCAAGGCCGGACAAAAGUGGCACCUUAGCUAUAUUAAGGCCGCCAAGGGCGAGACCGAUGUUCCUGAAGGUGCCGCCGAGUUCAUCAGUCAGCGUCGUCGCUGGCUGAACGGUUCCUUUGCCGCCUCCCUCUACUCCCUGAUGCAUUUCGGCCGGAUGUACAAGAGCGGCCACAACAUUGUCCGCAUGUUCUUCUUCCACAUUCAGCUCCUCUACAACUUCCUCAACGUCAUCUUCACCUGGUUCAGCUUGGCUUCGUACUUUUUGACCACGAAGAUCAUCAUGGAUCUCGUCGGCACGCCUACUGAAGGGACGGCCACCUCCUCCCCUCACACUGCCUGGCCUUUUGGCAACGACGCUACGCCUAUCAUCAAUUCCAUCCUGCAGUACGCUUAUGCGGCCUUCCUUAUCAUCCAGUUCGUCUUGGCACUGGGUAAUCGUCCCAAGGGCUCCAAGUUCACCUAUAUCGCCUCGUUCUGCGUUUUCGGGUUCAUCCAGACCUAUAUCCUGGUUCUCUCCGGCUACCUGGUGGCUCGCGCGUUCGAGAGGCCCAUUGGGGAGCAGAUCAGCUUGGAAUCCGGCAGCGCUUUCGUCAACAGCUUCUUCGGCGGUGACAAUGCAGCCGGUGUCAUUCUCGUGGCUUUGAUCACCAUCUACGGUCUGAACUUCAUCGCUUCGUUCCUGUACCUGGAUCCCUGGCACAUGUUCCACUCCUUCCCUUACUACCUGGUCCUCAUGUCCACCUACAUCAACGUCCUCAUGGUCUACGCAUUCAACAACUGGCACGACGUGUCCUGGGGUACCAAGGGAUCGGACAAGGCCGAGGCUCUCCCUUCGGCCCAAAUCAGCAAGGGCGAGAAGAACGAGGCCGUCGUGGAGGAGAUUGACAAACCCCAAGAGGACAUCGACAGCCAGUUUGAGCAGACGGUCCGGCGCGCCCUCGAACCCUUCAAGGAGGAACCUGAGUCCGAGAAUAAAGACAUCGAAGACUCGUACAAGUCUUUCCGGACAGGCCUGGUCAUCUCUUGGCUGUUCAGUAACAUGGCCCUCAUCGUCUUCAUCACCACCGAUAACUUUAAUUCGUUCGGCUUUGGGGAUGAUGUCACCGCACGCUCUUCGACGUUCUUCGCCUUCCUGCUGUACUCCACCGCUGUGCUCUCUGUUGUCCGCUUCACCGGCUUCCUCUGGUUCUUGGGCAAGACGGGUAUCAUGUGCUGCAUUGCCAGACGGUAAAAAAAAAAACACAGCUGGGCGUCUCCAUCAUUCGGCGGCAAGCCAGUGGUAUAUGACACGUGGCAUGACAUAAAGCUCGCGCGCUUGGCGACGAGCGGAUAUCGGGGCAACCGAACCCGAUGUAGAUUUGCUGCCCAAGUUGGGAAGCUCACUUUGUCAUGGAUAUGGCGGCGUUCUAUUGUUUCUAUUGUAUGUAGAUCUUUUUUCUUGUAAUAAACGAACCUUCCGCAGAUUUGGACUCGGGCGACAACAAG